GUGCUUGUUUUCUUUAUACAUUAAUAAAUAUAUUUUUUAUACCCUAAUUUUCUUUUGUUAUAAUGACAACAGAAUCAGCCAAUGAACAAUUUAAUGUACAAUGGGAUGUUUUACAUGACUCUACUGAAAAUAAUAAUACUGAAUUAGUAAAUCCUUUAAGCAAUAAUAAUGCUGAUGACCCAGCCAUUUUAACUUCUCAAAAUUAUCAAUUUGAUUCUUCUCAUUUCGACAUUGAUAUUUCAGAUAAAGUUUUGCUGCAAGACAACAACAACAACAACAACAACAAUACUAUUAUUUUGGAUAAAAAAAUACAAAUUUUGGAACCUAAAAAAGAAAUAGAAGAACAACAAAACACUUUUAUUUCAUAUUUAGUUGUAUCUAACAAAGCUCAAGUACGUAGAAGAUUUCAAGAUUUUGUUUGGCUUCAUAACGUAUUGUAUACUCAAUUUCCUGCAUGUUUCGUUCCUCCUUUACCUGAUAAACAUCGUUUAGAAUAUGUAAAAGGAGAUCGUUUUGGCUCUGAAUUUAUCGAAAAAAGAAGACUUAGUUUGGAGAUAUUUAUUCAACGAAUUGCAAGACAUCCUAUCUUGAGUCAUUCUGAAGUCUUUACCAUGUUUUUAGAAUCCUCAGAAUUCAAUGAUGCAUCAGCUAGGGCUUUACGAGAAGGACAAGAAACGAUGAUAGAUACUAUUAGCGAUUCUCUCUUGAACGCCUUUUCGAAAAUUCGUAAACCUGAAAUUGAAUUUGUUGAAAUGAAAGAAAGGAAUGAAAGAAUAUACGAAAACCUUGAUUUAUUACAAAAGACCUUGUUAAGGACUUGUAAACGGACUGAGGAUUUAUGUCAUGAUUAUGAAAGGUUUACAGCAAGUGUGAGGGAACUUGCAGAGAUCGAACCAAGCUUUAAGGAUGAUUUAAAGAUAUUUGCAGAUGGUUUAGAGACGUAUACAAGUAACCUUAAGGAUUUAACAGCCAAGGAUCAUCACUGGCAAAUUGAAGUGCAUGACACCAUGGUUUAUUACAAUACAAUACAAGAGGUACUCAAGUUAAGAGACCAAAAGCAGUUGGAUUUUGAAGAUUUAUCAGCCUAUUUGCAAAAUACCGUGAUAGAACGUGAAAGGACGAUACAACAGAGUAAUAGCGUCACAGAUUUUAUCACAAACAAAAUAAAUGAAGUACGUGGUGCAGACAUUCAAAAAUUAAAACGGGAAAAGGUAUUAAAGCUUGAUGAACGUGUGCGUGAAUUGCAAGAUGCUAUUCAUCAAACAUUUGAUGUCUCGAAAGCCUUUUCAGAUCAAGUGAGAAAGGAAGAUAAGGUAUUUAAUCAUAACAAAUCAGUAGAGAUCUAUCACGCGCUUCACAAUUAUACUGAUGCAAAAGUCAAUUUUUACCAAGAUAGCGUCAAUAUAUGGAAGGAAGUAGUUCAUUUACUUGAAGAAGAAAAAAUAAUAUAAUCUAUUUUUUUAGUUGAGAUAAAUGUACAGCAAUUUGACCCCCAAUUCUUGCAUUAUUUUUGACAAGUUCAAUAUCUAUUAAAAUAUACAUAAGUUUCAGUCAUCAAAUUAGUAUUUGU